AAGGCACAGAAAAAACCAAAUGAGACAGAAAAAAGCAAUAUCUGCUCAGGGGCUGGGCCAGUGUAGGCAGGGCAAAUCCAAGCAGCCUGAGGCCAAAGCAGUUGCCUCCCAGCCAAGAGACUGCAGCUGGCAGGAAGCAGAGGAGGCUGAAGGUGGCGGGGCGGGGAGGGGUUAGAAAAGCAUAUAUCAUUCUUUAGCGGGUGCUCUGUCUCCUGUGGGAACUUCCUGAAGCUGCUUUCCAGUGCUCCCUGACCGCUGAUCUCCGAUGUGGGUAGGGAAAAUCCAUGUGGCAUGGAUGCUGCACUUUUUGGCCAGCGAGCCACCACAGCCAGCCAGGAAGCUUGAAGGUGCAAUCCAUUUUGAAGCAUCAAGUUCUCUUCACUUUCAGCAAGCAAGGUUGUGUCAUCUGCAUAAUGCAAGUUGUUAAUGAGUCUUCCUCCAAUCCUGAUGCCCCCUUCUUCUUCAUAUAGUCCAUCCCCUUGGAUUAUCUGCUCAACAUACAGAUUGAACAGGGCAGAUGUGGGCAUCAGGCCCAAGGAACCAGGAAUCAGAAGCUGAGGAGACAAAGGAACAGAAGAAGCGGAGCUGCCUUAGUCUCAAAAGUGAAACAGAUUCUGAUAGUUCAAGCUCUUCAUCUUCGUCCUCAUCUUCAUCAUCUUCCUCUUCCUCUCAUAUGUCACUUCCUCCAGUGCUGUCAGAUGGAGAAGAUAAUUUACAAGUUGAGAAGGAAAAUAAGAAUUUUCCUCUUAAAACUAAAGACGAGUUACUUCUUGAUGAACUACCUUCUGUUGAAGAACUCACUAUUAUUCUUCCUGAAGACAUUGAAUUAAAGCCUCUUGGGAUGGUUUCAAGUAUUAUUGAGCAAUUAGUAAUAAUUGAAUCUAUGAGUAGCGUACCUCCAGUUAAUGAGGAUACUGUAAUUUUUAGAAGUGAUCGACAAGCAGCAGGCAAGAUAUUUGAGAUAUUUGGACGUGUUGCACAUCCAUUUUAUGUGUUACGGUUUAAUUCUUCAGAGCACAUUGAGAGUAAAGGUAUUAAAAUAAAGGACACUAUGUAUUUUGCUCCAUCAAUGAAAGACUUCACUCAAUAUGUAUUCACAGAAAAACUUAAACAGGAAAGGGGAUCAGAUGCAUCAUGGAAAAAUGAUCAGGAACCACCACCAGAAGCCUUAGAUUUCAGUGAUGACGAAAAAGAAACAGAAGCCAAACAGAGGAAAAAAUCUCAGAUUCAAGGCCGGAAAAAACUCAAAUCUGAAUUCAAUGAACCAGGUGAAGAUUUGGCAGAAGUACAUCAGAAUUGGAAUGCUCAUAGUUCUACUUCAGAGUAUUCAAAGGGAUUUCGCAAAAGAGAAUUCACACGAGGAUUUUCCAGGGGUAGAUAUCCUCGACCACUCCAUGGAAGACCCCCACCUCAGCAGUUUUAUAAUUCAGAGCAUAUGGCAUCUCAGGAGACACCAGGUUUUCCACCUCAGCGACAAGACAAUCCUGUGAUACCGCCGUAUCCCUUUCCUCCGCCCGUGUUUGACAUGUCUAACUUCCCGCUUCCUCCACCUCCACCCCCGGCUGUGAACAUGGGCUGGCCUGCACCGAACGUGGCCCCUCACCCACUGCUGAACUUACCAUACUCCCUGCCCCCACCACCUCCCCCUCCACCCCCACCUCCACUACCCUAUCCUGGAGAUAGUAAUUCUUCUCAUUUUGGAACUUACUAUUAGGUAAAUGUAUUUAUUUCCAGAGAAAUAUAAACUUUUUCACAUUUAUUAUAAGGUUUUUUUUUUUUUUUUUUAAAGAAAGUGACUGUAGACCUAGAUUUUUAAAAACACUGUAAAGUACUAAAUCAUCAGUUCCUUCACUUGUAAAUUAAUGUAUAUUUAUAACCUCUGUGAAAUUGUAUCCAUAGGAAAAUUUCAGCUCUAUUUGAUAGGGGAGAUAUCCAGUUAUGCAAUAUUUAAUUAAAACUUUGAAUCUUUACCUCCUCCUAUCACUCUCUCCUCGCCCAGAUAAACAAUAUGUAUAGGUCCUAAUAAGAGAUCUGGAGUAACUUGCAUCAUGGCUUAAAAUGUACUAAUACGUUGAUUUUCUUCUUGGUAUAUUUGAAAAUGAAAUGUUGAAGUCCUAUUGAGAGUCUUUGAAAAAUAAACUUUUUAUUAACUUAGGAAAUUGAUUUUGAUUGUGAAUACAAUUUUCCAAUAAAUUUAAAUGUCUCUUUUUUUUUUUUUUUUAAGGAGCCCUGGUGAUACAGUGGUUAAUAGCUCAACUGCCAACUACAAGGUCGGCAGUUCGACUUUACCAGCUGCUCUUUGGAAACCCUGUGGGGCAGUUCUACUCUGUUCCUGUAUGGUUGCUAUGAGUCAGAAUCGACUCGAUGGCAGCAGGUUUGGUUUUUUGGUUUUUGGUGGGGCAGUGGUUAAAGAGGUUGACUGCUAACCGAAAGGCCGGCAGUUGUGAAACCACCAGCAGCUCCGUGGGGAAAGAUGUGGCAAUCCACUUCUGUGGAGAUUGACAGCAUUGGAAAUCAUGCGGGUCGCUCUGAGUUGGAAUCGACUCGAUGGCAGUGGGUUUGGUUUUGGAUUUGGAUUUUUUUUUAAGCAAGUGAAAAAUACAGUGGGGGAAAGUCUCACAUAUUGACAGAGGCUGUAAUGAUGAAGUUAAUGUUUAUGACAUAUGUCUAAGAAGGCUGUAUGGAUUUCUGCUCUUCAGAUAGUGUUCAGCAGGCUUGGUCAUCUGAUGUAACCACUUACAGGAGGCAGUGAUUAUUCAGAAUAAAGUGUAUUUAGGCGCUAUGAUUUCGAUUUCUGUUUCCUAGGUUCUCACAUACUUGGCACAGGUGAGGUGAUUAAUAAAUACUAAUUAAAUGACUGAA